GUUGUUUAAAUGCAUCAGCUUGUACUUGGGCUGCUUCAACUUCAAGCUCAAGUCGAGGCGCUGCAUGGGAGCUCGGUGCCCUUGCCAAAAAAUAGUUCCUGUUCGCCUCUACAAUUUCUUUAGUUAGGUAGACGGCAUACUCCCCCUUCAUUUGCAUUUUACCAGCUCAACUCAGGGGGCCGCCGACAAAACCCGCCGCAAAGAUGGCUGACGGUCGCGAGGAGGGCGAGAUUGACUCUGUGGAGCCUGACUUCAGCAAGAAGCACCCCCUAGAGAACCGCUGGACCCUGUGGUUCGAUAACCCCAACCAGAAGCAGACGCAGAAGCAGUAUGGGCAGUCACUCAGAUCGGUGUACACCUUCGACACCGUGGAGGACUUCUGGUGCCUGUACAACAACAUCCGCACCCCCAGCCAAGUGAAUGUGGGCGCGACGUACUAUCUCUUCAAGGAGGGGAUAGAGCCCAAGUGGGAGGACCCGAAGAACCUGAAGGGCGGCAGCUGGACCGCGCCGGUGCCCAACAAGGGCGACAGUAAGAAGACGCUGGACGCCUGGUGGCUCAAUACGGUGCUGGCCUGCAUCGGCGAGCAGUUCACUGAUGGUGAUGAGGUGAACGGCAUUGCCGUGGUCAUCCGCGCGCGCGGUGACCGCAUUGAGCUCUGGUCGCGCACCGCCUCGAACGAGGCUGCCCAGACCAUGAUUGGCAAGCAGCUGAAGCAGUACCUUGACAUUCCCGAGUCCGCUAAGAUUGGCUUCUCCGUCUUCGAGGAGAAGAUCACCUCGGGCAAGGCCAAGGACCGCUACAUGGUGUAAGCGGCCCUCGGGUCGGGCGGAGCCGCUGGCGCGGCUUGGGCUGCCAGCUCCUGGCGAGUCCACCAGGCAGCAGGCGAACACACUGGCGCAGCAGCUAAGGGCUGUUCUAUGAGUGUGGACCGGUGCAUUGGCGCCAGCGGAGUUCAGCAGCGGCCGGGGCGGCACGGCGCCCAUGCGAACGGCCCUGGGAACGGUUCUGUUGUGGAGGCUUUACGUGUGCCUAGCACGUUGAGCGCUGUCCGGAGCUGCUGCAUCGAGCUAGUGCUCGGGGCUGGAGUUUCGACGACAUGCGCAUAUGGGGGUUCAUGUAUGUAGGGGAGUCAUUACGGGAGCCGCUUUACAGACACUUUGUUGACUUUUGACUCAGCGCAAGGGCCAUGCCGAGCCUUUUGCUGCUAGCCGUCUGCACGUGCGGCAGCGGGCUAACGGGAUGCGUGUGCGGCCGGCAAGUGCUCUGAGGUGGGUUUUUGCGAAUGACGCAGGCAGCCGAGAGCGCUUCAGUGACUGGAGCGUAGAGUAGACAUGUGUGUGGGUUGACGCGUGCAUGCAGCCAUCGUGGCAUGCAGUGUACGUCGCAAUCAGGCCCCGGAGGUCAGGUUUAUAGAAGCAGGUGAAGUGUCACGUGCCCAUGUGCCAUGCUGGGCGCAUGGUGUGUGGGUCGGGGCUUGGUCGACUGGGUGCAUGGCCCAGGGAAGGCUGCUGGCCGCGAUGCGCCGGAUGGGCGUACGUGUUGAGUGUGCAGAUGAAGAGAGCUCUCAGAAACAUGAGGUGCUAUGGUAUGAGCAGGAAUUACAGUGCAGGAGUUGUGCUCACGUCCCAACACGGGGUGACGCUGUGCGGCAGCAGGAGGGCGAGGAUGCGGUGCCGACUGCGGUACCGAACGAGGCCCAUCGAGUUGUAAAAUGCCGAUUGG